AUGAACUUCAUGGGCAGAAAAAGCGAUGCAAAGGCCGACGACGUCGCCAACAUCCCACCUGAGCUCUCGGACCUGCACUGCUUCACAGAGACCGGCGGGGUAAUCACCACAACCAUGUUCGACAUCCCGGGGUACCGGGUCGUCCGCACGCUCGGCGCGGUCUACGGGCUCUCGGUGCGCAGCCGCAACAUCGCGGCGAGCCUGGGCAUGGUGAUCAAGUCGCUCGCAGGCGGCGAGCUGCGCUGGUUUACCACGAUGCUGUACAACUGCCGCAACGACGCGCUGGGCCGGGUGGUGACGGAGUGUAAGCAGCGGGGCGGGAAUGCAAUCAUCUGUCUGCGGUUCGACGCGUCGGACCUGGGCGGGUUUGCGCAGACGUGUGCGUACGGGACGGCGUGCGUGGUGGAGAAGAUUCACGAGGAGGCGGCCGUUGCGCCGCAGCUUGCUGAUGCGUAG